CCAUGGCCCCAGCACCCGGCCUCGAGCGCGCGGUAGGUGCUCUGGGAACCCGGGGACCCACCCCUGUCCCUUCCAAGGCCGGGCACCCAGUAGAGGCUCGGGGAAGGCUGAUUUGAGGCCAAGGACGGCUGCAGAAGGCACGGGCCACUUCGGCGCCAGGGGCCGCCGCGCCACCACCCCCUUCUGCUUUUUGGUCUCCCGGGCUAACAACGUGGAGAGAGCGGCGCAGCCCCGGAGCCUCCCCGGACGAGGCCGCCGCCCCGGAACCGGGGCCGGGCUCGUCGUGCCUCCGGGGAGGGAGGACGGGGGAGGCCCGCGGGAGGCCGCUUCCAGGCGCGUCCCAAAGUCCCUCCCGCCGCCUGGCGUCGCUUUAAGGCGGAGGCCCGGCGGGGGCCGCCCCCGCGGCGCGCUCGGCUCCAGACUUCGGCAUUUCCUCCCCGCUAGCUGGCGUGGCCUCGCCUCCCCUCGGAAGAGGAAACUCGCGGGGCUCGGGUAACGGGAUCCAGCGAGCAGGAGAGCGGCCGGAGAGCCGGGAGGGCCGCCCGCGGUAGGAGGCGAGGCGGGUCGGGCCGGGCCAGAAGCUGGCCGAGGACAGCGCGGCGCAGGGCGACACAGCGCGCCGCGGGCGCAGGGCGCGGCCCGGAGCCGGGGAGUGCAGGGCGGGCCGCAGCUGGAAGGAAAACUUGAGCUGGGAGAGGAGGCCGAGCCGGAGGGCGGCUUCCCCCGGCCCUGCGAGGGGGGAGCCGCCGCGGAGGCCGAGGAGACGGGGACAGCGGGGCCGCCCGGGCUCUGCGCGCAUGCUGGGCCGGGGGCGCCGCCGGGGCUGGCGCCCUGGGCUGCUCGGCCGCCGCGGCCCCGGGCGCCCGGGAUGUCGGUGCACUAUACCCUCAAUCUGCGCGUCUUCUGGCCCCUGGUGACUGGCCUGUGCACCGCCCUCGUGUGCCUCUACCAUGUCCUGCGGAGCGGCGGGGGCGCCCCGGCCGAACCCCCCGACGGCGCGGACAGCGGCUUCCCGCUGCUCAAGGCCACCGUGCUGCUCCUGUUGGGCUACGUCCUCCUACGCUGUCGCCACGCCGUGCGGCAGCGCUUCCUGCCCGGGUCGUCGCGCGUGGCCGGCCACUCCACCUUCUCCCCAAGACCCUUCGGAGAGCCGGGCCUCGGCGUCCUGCUGGAGAGUUACUACGAGCACGAGGUGCGCCUGUCGCCGCACGUGCUGGGUCACAGCAAGGCGCACGUGAGCCGGAUCGUGGGCGAGCUGGUGCGCGCUGGCCGUGCCCGGGGGUCCCCUGGCCCCAUCCCCGGAGGAGCGCUGGCCUUGGCCUUUCGCGGAGACUUCAUCCAGGUGGGCAGCGCCUACGAGCAGCACAAGAUCCGCCGGCCCGACGGCUUCGACGUGCUGGUGCCGCUGCGCCUGCCGCCGCUGGUGGCGCUGGAGCCGCGGAGCCUGGGCCAGGAGCCGGAGCUGGCCCCGGCCUUCCGAGGCUGCUUCGUGUGCGCUCUCAAGGCUCCACCGUCACCGUCGGGGCCCCCAGGGAACCAGUGGCUCCGAGACUGCAAACCGUUCUCGGAUGGCUUCUGCGUGGACGUGCGUGGGCGGCGCCACCUCUCCGCCACGCUGGUGCUGCGCUGGUUCCAGGCGCACCUGCAGCGCUCUCUGGCCACGGUGCGCUACAGCCUGGAGGGGCGCUGUCGGGUCAGCCUGACCCCGGGAGGCCCGGAGCAGCCGCCCACCCUGCACAUCCUGCCCUGCCGCACCGACUACGGCUGCUGCCGUCUCUCCAUGGCGGUGCGUCUCAUCCCCGCCGUCCACUUGGGAGACGGGGUUUUCCUCGUGGCGCCGCCUCCGCCACCUUUGCCGGUCGGGCCCCUGUCGGAGCUCCCGGGAGGCCUGCGCGCCGAGGCGCUGUGGGGCGUGAACACAGCCCGGCAGGAGCAGAAGUUGCUGAGCUGGCUGCAGGAACGGGCCCCUCCAGGUGCCUGCUACCUCAAGUGCCUGCAGCUGCUUAAGGCCGUGCGCGACCUGGGCACCCGCGGGCUGGACCCGAUGGCCAAAGCUCAGUGGGAGCGCGUCCUGUCCUCGUAUGCGCUCAAGACGGUGCUGCUGGCGGUGCUGCUGCGAGAGGGGCCUCCUGCCAAGGGCUGGGACGACGCGCACCUGGGCGAGUGCUUGGAGGAGCUGGUGCAAUUUCUGAGGGAUUGCUUGCUGCGACGCCAGACGCUCUUCCACUGUGUCCUGGGCCCGGGCGGCGCGGCCAGCGACGUGGGCCCCCUGCCCAAGGUCCUGCGCGAAGCCGCCCCGGUUGACCUCCUGGCCGCUUUCGACAGGCGCACCCGGGAACUCGCGGCGGCGCGCUUGCUGUCCACGUGGCGAAGGUUGCCCCAGCUGCUGCGGGCCUAUGGGGGGCCCCGCUACCUCGCCAGGUGCCCCCCACCCCGGAGCCAGCGCACCCUGGGGUUCCCAGAAGGUGAACCGUAAGCCCCGAGGACAGCCCCCACGUGACCCAGCGCCCUUGGGACCGCUUGCAGCCGCUGGGGGUGGGGUGAUGGGGAAACCGCUUCUGGCCCAAGGAGCUGCAGAAGGGGCUGGGAGAGUUUUGGAGGAUGCCACAGGCUUUGGGUGGCUUAACCAUCACCCCCGGCUCCACCAUCACUAACACAGAUAUAGACUCAUCACACCUGCCCCGGCGUCGGGGGCGAGCUGUGGAAGGUGAUACAGAGUGGACCCAGAUGUUGGUCUGUGGAUGAAGAUUGCUAACGCAGCUUGUUAGGGAAGUCGGGUGGAGGAAGCCCAAGCUAGCUGCAGACAGGACCAAAUGUGUAAUAAUAACAACAACAAAACUAAUGUUUUUUGAGAUGAUUCCUUGCUAGGUACUGGGUUCCUGAUUUUUUUUUUUUUAUUUAAAUCUUUAUCCACAGCUGGAAUGGAAGUUCUUUUCCAGCGGUGAAUGUUCCAAGGAAUAUAAUUUCCUCUGUCCAAGUGAAUAUUCCUGUACUUUUUUCAACGGUGCCACCUCGGGUGCUUGGCAGGCCCGUGGACGAUGAAGUCGCACGUGCCGCGCGGCUGUCGGGGGCCGAUGGAGAAGCAUGCAGGGCGUGCAGGCUCCCAUGUUGUAAUUACCGGCAGCAGGAGUGUUGCAUCUGAAAGGGGGCCAGGUGCAUUGAUUAUGAAGUGUGUGGCCAUGGCAAGCGGCCAGCCUGACAGCUUCCUAUCCCUCCAGGCCAUAAGCGGACCGAUGCCGAAGUCGGUCAACACCCAUCGGCUGAGCAGGUCCUGUAGGAGCCGGCCACAGUGUGGCCACAGCAAGGCGCAUGUUGCAGACAACACCUGCGAGGGCAGACAGCAUGCUGGUUCUGGAGAAAGAGGUGUUUCAGCCAUUGUCUAUAAAGGUGUUUUUGUAGGGCAUGCUUCUGGCUGGAGACGGAAACCUCUGGUUUGGUUUUGUUUAGCAGAGCCCUUGGGGAAGAGGUUUCUCCCUGAGUUUUAGUAGCAAAGGAAGAGGAAGUGCCUGCUGCCGGGCCUCCGUGCUCAGUGAUGGUUCGUGGUCGCGAGGGUGUCUCCCCUGCACCAGAAACCCGUAUGCACUCAGCCCAGGUCUUGCAAAACGUCUCCCUUAGAGAGCUCGGUAGCUGAGGCUCUGUGCUUGCCCAUCAGUCACUCCCUGGUGCGUCAGCGGAGUAAAUAAGUGGGGUGAGAACGCGAACACAGCUCUGGGUUGCCCAUGCUGUCUUUUGCGUGUAAAUGUCACCGGGCUGAGUGCAUUUUGCAGCUAGGAGGGGUCGGUGGGGAAAUUCCUUGUCCUUCCAGAUUGCUGAUGGCUCUCGUUUGUGGUUUAAGAUCAGAAUGGCCCAGAAUUGUAGCCCGAGUCCAGAAUGUGGUUUAAGUUCUUCAGCCUGUCUGAGCAUUGUACGUUGGAAUUUUUUCCCUCUUUGUAAACAAAGACAUGUACUUCCUUUGACUCUCAAAGGUAAAAGUUGGAAGGUAGAAAUAGUUCGGUGAACAGGGCCAUUGUUGAGUUUCUGAGCUAUCUUGAGGGGACAUCCUAAACCUUUCUUUAGGGGACUCGCUUGGCCACCGUGGGAAAUCAUCGUGCAUCGGCGAUCGAUAAGGAAGCCUUCUCAUCAGAGCUGCACAGUCCGGUGUGCAACUGUGGACUGAAAGGGAAACACCUGCAAAUGUGCUGGCUCCUGGAGGUCAUUUUGGGCGUGGUUCCUGUGGGCUCCAUCAAGGUCACGCCUAGCUCAGGGGUCACUGUUAGGUCACAAGGUACCGCACUGAGCAAAGCUGUCUGCCAGCCUCUUGCAAAGAUUAAAAACUGCACAGCAUUAUUUUUAACUUUUUAAAAUAAGUGCCAAAGUAGAUCGUAUAUAUAUGUGUGUAUAUAUAUUUCUAUGCUCAGCCACGACUCCUCCUGCAGUUAUUAAGUCUACAGCAUUGGGGGGAGAAUGAGGCUGUUAGAGAGAUUAUAAAGCUUUGAAAGCUGAAUUUUCCAAAUAUUUCUAGCUGAGUUGAUGGUUUCUUUUUUAUCUUAAUAUUUUGAAGCAUAAGUCUGGUAACAUACUGUUAUCGUAGUUUAUUAUUGUUAUUAUUAUUAUUAUUAUUGUUUCAGGUUAAUUACCCAAAGCCUCAUCCAUCCUCGAGAUCUUUAAGUUUUAUUUUUUUAAAUUUAAAAUUUUAAUUAUGUUAAAUUAAUGGGCAUUGUGUUUGUGAUUUUUAAAAAUGUUAAUGUUUUAUUUAAAUGCCAUGCUGAGCAAUUGUUCUCUGUACAUGGUAACCAAAAUGUAGGGAUUUCGACCAAUUUUGGUCCAUGCGUAGCCAUCCAAAAUGUGUACCACGCACAAAUGAAUAAAACAGCCAUUAACCAGGCUGCCCAAGGCACUUAAAUUAAGCUCAACUCUGUUUUGUAUGCGGGCUCCAUCAUUUGAAAUGUACACAUUUUUGGUGUAGGAUUGGUACUGGGGAUGCAUAUAUGCAAAUAUCCCCAUACAAAAAGGUUCAACAGCAGCCACCAAAAAGGUUAGCUGUUGGCGCUGGUGCCCAGAGAAAGAUGUUUUGGGGAAGAUGACUCAGGCGAGCGGCGGCCAGACGGCGCUCAGCGCCUCCCACCCGGCGGGCUUGGGAGCCUUCCUGGAGCUCUGGUGUGGGCUGGGAGAUGGAGUUGGUUUUUUGGUUGUGUGUUUUUUGUUUUUUUGGUUUUUUUUUUUUUUUUUUUUGAAAUGAAACUGAAGCUGAAAGAAAGGCGGCUUCAGGAAGGAGGACUUGAGAUGGAAGUGAAAGGGAGAGAGAGAAGGGAUCCUGCGAGGGUGUGAGAGAGGUUUGGGUUAGGAAACGCGUUCUUCAGUGUGUGCUAUUUCCAGCCAGGGGUCGCAAACUCAGCAGCCUACAGAAAAGGCGGGGGGAGGGGGGUUAUGGGGGGAGUGGACGGUGCCCACUUUCCAGGGGCAGCCCUCAUCCAGCUCCAUGCAGAGCAAGGGAGACAAAGGGAUAGAAACUACAUAUUUUUUUAAAGUCAAAUUUCCUGAUUGUUCAACAAAUAAUUUAAAAAUAUCCAAAACCCUAUGUGGGCCAGAUGAAAGCCUGCAGGCCACCAGUUUGCGACCCCUGCCUUAUACAGUGAACUUGACCCCCAAGUUGUAUGCGGUUAUCUUUUGUGUUGGAUACGGGGGUGUUAUAUAUCGUGGGGGGAUAGUUCAGGUCUUCUCUAUCCCUCAGACUUAAGCUUUAUUGUAGAAACAAACCAAAAAAAAAAAAAAAAUUAACCCAGCCACAGAUAACACUUAACUCAGAGUUCCCGGGAGGACCCCUGAUCCCGGAGCCGUUCUCCGAGUGGGACCCUGUGUCAGGUCUCGUCCCCUUCCUGGUGGCUCGGGGCAGCCGGCUUUGCUGAUGGCUUGCAGAUGACUCAUCAGGAGGGCUUGCAGGAGAACUCAUUUCGCUGCGCUUUGUUCCUAGAGUAAAAUUAAUUGUCAUCAUUAUAUUUUUUGUGAGUGGUGUUCGAGCCUGUGCGUCGACGAUGACGUGACAGCCGGCUCCUGUGACCUCGGCACAGCAGUGCUGAGGCUUUGAGCCGAGUGUCUCAGACCUGUGCCACUGUCCCUGCCAAGGACACGGCUCUGAUCCGAUGCUUGGAAUGUCUGGAUCCCAUUGAAACGGGCAUCCCAGCGCCGGAGGAGUUAACCAAACAACACCCCCAAAGCCGCUCGUUCUGUGCCGUGCCCUUGACCUUGGAGAGGUCUUUCUCUCCUCGCUCGUCUCCACAUGAAGGAAAAUUUAUUUCUCCCUCUCCAGUGAUGGAGAAAAUGAGCCUCAUUCGCGAACAUUUCCAGAGGGAAACAGUUCCGUGUUAUCGUUGUGGUGCUGGUUAAUUUUUUUUUUCUGAUUGCCUGUCUGAUACUUAGACAUGACUGGUCUUUAAUAUCUAUGUAGCACAUGGUUGAGUGGGACUAAAGCAAGUAUACGUUGUGAGAGGCUGAGGACUAUGCAAUCAUAUAUAUAUAUAUAUAUAAUCUGGUUUUUGAAGUAUCAGAGAUGGAGUGUUUUAGCAUUUUUUGCUAUAAAAGUGCCUUGAUUCAAUCGCUUCAGACAUUCCUCCUAUUUUGUUGUAACCUUGAAUGUGUCUUCUGACCCCAAACUGUGUACUAUGAAGCAUUCGGACUGCGGCAGUCCAAGCAGAGGUUGUGUUCCAAUAGCAGAGACCAAAGAGUUCAUCAGAUCCGGUUUAGUUGCUACAGCCGUGUGAUUCCAGUGCCGCUGAAUCGCACCACAUUUCCGUGGUCCACACCAUCGAGGCCUGCCAUGCGUGUUCUCUUUCAGGUUGGAGUGAAUUUGCACUUUUUAAUCAGAGGGGUCAUUUGGGGACCUUGUUCUUUAUAUAUAUAUAUUAUUUUUUUGCUUUAUUAAUAAAGAAACUUGUAGAAA